AGAGAAAGAAAGAAAGAAAGAAAGAAAGAAGAGAGAAGGCGAAGAGAAGAUGAGAGGAGUUUAAUGGCCCAAUUUCAGACACCAUUUUGACCGGAGAGGACACACUCUCUCUUUUUCUUCCUCUCUUUCUUUCUCUCUUACCAAUCCUACGUUCUUCCUCCUAUUUUAUUUACUUUUUUCCUUUUUCCUUCUUCUUGCACUCCAAUCCUGUUUGGUUGAUGGGUAUGUAGAUAUGGCUGUGGACCUCAUCUCCCACCCCUACCCUCCUCCCUCCACCACCCACAAUAUGGAACCCAACGCCGUCCAAGAGGCUGCCUCAGGCCUCGAGAGCGUCGAGAAACUCAUCCGAUUGCUCUCCAAUGCCCAACAUCACUCCUUACCCACCUCUACUCAAUCCCCCAAUUCCACUUCCAAUUCUCCCACCGAUUUCCCCACCGACUGCCGCGCCGCCGCCGAUGCUGCUGUCUCCAAGUUCAAAAAGGUUAUUUCUCUCCUCGGCCGGAGCCGUCUUGGCCACGCUCGCUUCAGAAGAGCUCCUCUCCCUCUUCCUCAACCCCAAGUCCUCUACGCCACUCCCAUCCAGCAGAUCCCACCCCAUCGCCAUCUCCCCGCCGGCGACCUCGACAACAACGACUCUCUCACUACUACUCUUAAUUUCUCUUAUUCCUCUGCCCAUAACUCCUUCAUCUCCUCCUUGACCGGCGACUGUGAUACCAAGCAGCCUUCCUCCUCCUCGCCUUUUCAGAUUAUCAACCUCUCCCAAGUCUCCUCCGCCGGGAAACCCCCCCUCUCUACUUCUUCGCUUAAGAGAAAGUGUAGCUCCGACAACCUGGGAUCCGGCAAGUGCGGCGCUGCUUCUUCCUCCGGCCGAUGCCACUGUUCCAAGAAGAGAAAAGUGAGAGUGAAGAGGGUGGUGAGGGUUCCGGCGAUAAGCUUGAAAAUGGCGGAUAUCCCACCGGACGACUAUUCAUGGAGGAAAUAUGGUCAAAAGCCCAUUAAAGGCUCUCCACAUCCCAGGGGUUAUUACAAGUGUAGCAGCGUCAGAGGUUGCCCAGCCCGGAAACACGUAGAACGUGCCGGAGACGAUCCGGCGAUGCUAGUGGUGACCUACGAAGGAGAACACAAUCACACUCUCUCUCUGCCCCAACCCUCCACUCUCAUCCUCGAGUCUUCUUAGACCAUCGUGAUCGUCGCCUUCAUCUUAAUCUCUAAUGAGAUCUGAGGGUCAGUUUUUCUCCACGUUAUUUAUCAUAUAUAUAUAAAUAUAUAUUAAUGCCUUCUCUUAUCUCUCUUUUCUUGGACAAUGUGAAUUUGUCUAUUAUUAUUAUUA